GGCCAGCUCCAGGGGUUCAGCCACAAGAGGGAAAAACAUAGACUCACGGCUGCCAACAUGAUGGUUUUUCGAGUAGAGGAGCUGGUAACGGGCAAAAAGAACAGCAAUGGGUCCUCAGGGGAGUUCCUUCCUGGCGAGUUCAGAAAUGGAGAGUAUGAAGCUGCUGUUGCCUUGGAGAAACAAGAGGACUUGAAGACACUUCCAGCCAACAGUGUGAACCUGGGGGAAGAACAACGGAAAAGUGAGAAAGUUCGAGAGGCAGAGCUCAAAAAGAAAAAACUAGAACAAAGAUCAAAGCUUGAAAACUUAGAAGACCUUGAAAUAAUUGUUCAACUGAAGAAAAGAAAAAAAUACAAGAAAACUAAAGUUCCAGUUGUGAAGGAACCGGAGCCUGAAAUUAUUACUGAACCUGUGGAUGUGCCAAGGUUUCUGAAAGCUGCACUGGAGAACAAACUGCCAGUUGUAGAGAAAUUCCUGUCAGACAAGAACAGCCCCGACGUCUGCGAUGAGUAUAAACGGACCGCUCUCCAUAGAGCAUGCUUAGAAGGACACUUGGCGAUCGUGGAGAAGUUAAUGGAGGCUGGAGCCCAGAUUGAAUUCCGAGAUAUGCUGGAAUCCACAGCCAUCCACUGGGCAUGUCGUGGAGGAAACCUGGAUGUCCUGAAACUGUUGCUAAACAAAGGUGCCAAAAUCAGUGCCCGAGACAAGCUGCUCAGCACAGCGCUGCACGUGGCGGUGAGGACCGGUCACUACGAGUGUGCUGAGCACCUCAUCGCCUGCGAGGCGGAUCUCAAUGCCAAGGACAGAGAAGGAGACACCCCUCUGCAUGAUGCGGUGAGGUUGAAUCGCUACAAGAUGAUCCGGCUCUUGAUGACCUUCGGUGCGGACCUCAAUGUCAAGAACUGUGCUGGGAAGACCCCUAUGGAUCUGGUGUUGCACUGGCAGAAUGGAACCAAAGCGAUAUUCGACAGCCUCAAGGAGAAUGCCUACAAAAACUCGCGCAUAGCUACGUUCUGAGGAAAGAGACUCGACAGGAGCUGUUCUCAGCCGUUUUCAAAACAUUUCCCAGCAGCAGAGCAACCAGCUAUAACACCCAGCUUUUGUUUGCCAGCCAAAUAGGGAGAUAAGCUUUAAAGACGCUUCAUGGAAGCCCUGGGUUAGAGAUGUUAACAUGUCCUCUAGCGAUGCUCACCAUUUUUAUCUGCUCCUAUUUAUUUAUUUAUUUAUUUCAUAGCACUGGUAGUCAGGUUUUCAUGAGCAUCAUUUUGGGGGAGCAAGACUUAAUCUGUGUGUAACAUUCGGAGUCUUCCCGUGGCUCUAAAACCGCGUGGGUGAAUGGUGUCUAAUCGCACCCUUUUGUGUCCUCACUUGCAUUAAAGCUACUCAAGGUAUUUUUGAAAGGCAAGGGUUGGUCGGUCGCCGCAGCCCUUCUCUGGAUUCUCACUGCUGAUAUCCGAAUGAAGCAGCAGAAGGUGUACAGGAAUGCAGAAGGGGAUGGGAGCAGUUCUGCAGGACCUAAGCCGUGGCUCGCCAGGCACCCACAGGUGUGGUUUGCCGGAUCACACAGUGCCGAGGUGAAGGCCACGUCAGGAGCGUGUGUGGAGGGGGAUGGAGGGAGUAGGCAAUGGGGCCUCACUAACCUGAGGUCGAUGAGAGGAAAAGUCAAAAGGACAUGCCCUGUAAAUGUGUAAAUGUGUAUUGUGUUGUACGCAUAUUUUAUAUUCCUAAUAAAUGCAAACUAAUUC